AUGACAUCCUACCUCCAGAAAGAAAGGAUCUCAGACCAGUGGAAGACCUCGCGAACCGUUCUUAUCCAUAAGAAAAGUGAAGGGGUUCAGCUGCUUGGGCCGCACCCAGACCGUGUCGAGGGUCAUAGAGGUUUGGCGGGAAUACCGGCUGUGUCAGCGCUGGUCGACCAAGGUGUGGACGCGUCCUAUGUGAGGACACUAGCCAGUUGCUACGAUCGAUGGACCACUAGGAUACAGCUUUUCCACCGCCUCUCCAACAUACUCAUUGGAAAGGGGAUACGACAAGGUAUUACUAUAUCGCCGAAGCUGCUCACGGCUGCAUUGCAAUGGUUAAUGAAAUCACUUUCCUGGGAAGAAAGGGGCAUACGUGUUGAUGGAAGAUUUCUCUCGAACCUUCGUUUCGCGGACGACAUUGUUCUCUUUUCGAGGUGUACCAAUGAAGCAGAGACGAUCCUCAAGGAAUUGAACGAAGCAGGAAGAAGAAUAGGAUUGCAAAUAAACAGAAGGAAGACACUUUUCAUGAAGAAUGCCUCCUGUGAGGAUGGAGAAGCACAAUUUGAAGCUUCCGAAAUCGUGGAAACUUCCUCAUACGUAUACCUCGGACGUUCUAUGGACAUGGAAAACGACUUGAAGGAAGAACUGAAUAGAAGAAUGAGAGCAGCAUGGAUAGCAUUCGCAGCCGUCAGGGAAGCUACGGGCCAACUGAAGGACCGAGAUCUUCGUGCCCAUCUGUUCGACUCGACAGUUUUUUCAGCGCUCUGUUGCGCAGCGGAGACGUGGGUAGACAUCGCUGCCACGUCCAGGAAGCUUCUUACUACCUACAGCGCCCCUGAGUGA